AUGGCUAAAGGGAUCUUGUCCACCAAAUCACGCAUACCGCAGUCCACAACGGCUAUUUGCAGCCCUGUCUCUGAGCGUCCAGAUGCGCAACCGCGAAAUGACUUCCAAGAUCUGAACAAUGGAGCGACUAAAAACCGUCCACCAAAUCAGGCCCACUGGGAUUUCCAGCGCCCAAGGACUUCAGAAGGCCGCCAGCAAAACAAAAAGCCGCAACCCAACGGCUCUGGGUUCGAUUUUCGCAUUGCCGUGCCUCCUGCCGAGGCAGUUCCCUCCCCGGUGGAGUCUGAAAAAGGACAUGGAGAAAACAUGAUCGGUAUCGCUUUGGGUAGUCCUCGGAUGGUGGAGACGCAAAAUGUGAUGUCACAAAUGCAAGAAAAGGCUAUCAACACUGUAUCGGACACCAAGAAAUCGCCACCAAUUCAACGGAAGCCAAGUAAAUGGAAGAAGAUUGGCGGUCUAUUCAAAGCGAAAAGCGCAAUUACGUCCAGCACAAACCAGCCCUUCUAUCAGGUCCGCUCCGACAACGAAUGGCCGCUGCAGGGCUCGUCCCAUUCGAUUGACUACCAGGCUCAGCCGAAGUCCGAACCUCAGACUAAACCCAUCUCAAACACCGAGGUUUGGCCAUGUUUGGAGUCUGAUACUCAGUCUAAGCCUCACCCCAAAAACAGCACUCCGAGCAGCGAUCAAAAUGCCGACCAGAAGAAACCCAACCUUGGACCGUUGUUGCAAGUCGAUAUCCCUGAUGUCCAGAUGGAACGAUACAGCGUUAUGUUUGGGGGCCUUCUAGGAAAGGACCAGCCCGCACCUUCGGAUCGGCGGAGCAAGACAAUGGAGGAUAUAGAGGCUCCAAAGGCCCAGGACCCACCGGCUUCCCCAGAAUUUCCCCCGCCUCCGCGACGAGCAACGUCACCAACCCGCUCGAAAUCUCCAUCCCCAAGUUUCACAUUGUUUCCGUCUAGCAAGGUCAGCAAAGCCUCCAAGAUUCUGGGCUCUCAGAAUCUACCCCGAGGCCCCAGCCCUCUACACAGGAGCCAGACUUCCAUGGCCGAAACUCGUCGCGGUAGCGCGGCAACGGAGAAGGAUCACGUCCUGCUCAUGGUACACAGCCCUCCAGCCAAGUCCUCGUCACAUGGCCCACAAGACUCAGUGUCGUCUUUCUUAUCUUCUACGUCUAUCGGUUCGGAUGAUGAAACAUUCAUGCUGCAAAGGCUCAAGUCAAUCAGAAGCUACGUGGAUCCAAAGGGGGAGCCGGAAUGGGAGAUCCUCAACAAGAAAUCGCCAACCAACGAGUCGAAGCCGAAACUAGCCCAGGCGCUUACCAUCAACACCCAAGAGUUGCCGCCACCUGAGCCAGCCGACAAUGAUUCGGCAUCAUCAUCACCGAUCCUGACGCCUCUCAAUGCCGCCCGCGACCCAGGCUGCCGGAUUAUCUCACCAUCCGGAAGCAAGCCAGCAUUCUCACCGGCCGAAUCCGCUCGCAUGCCGCUUGGCGAUGACAACAAGGACCUCCACGCUACCGAAACGUUUGAUGCGGAACCAAUGGACACUAUUCCUACUGUCGAGGUCUCCAUCGCAAGAUCUGUGUCCGUGUCCCGGGGCAAGAAACAGACGAUCGUGCCGAUCAAACCUCGGGCAGAUCGGCUGACUCCUGAUGAGCGGUUGAUGGUUAGGAGAGCUAGAACUCCCCAAGUCACCGACGCUCAUUACGGACAUCGUCACGGCAAUUCACAAGACGUGAGAAUUGAGAGUGUAUGAGCCCCGUGAAGCGGCUCCAGCUUUCUGCUCUUGAUAUAUUUUCUCUCAUCUUUCCUUUUUG